UGGGUAGCGGCGGCAGCGCUCUGGAAAGCGACCACGUGAUACAAGGCACUCGGGCCGCCUGGAGUUCUUUGCCCGGUGGGAGCGCGGUUAAGGUGGGUUGGGGCUCGCCCGUCUCUGUCAGGAACCGGAGGGGAGUCCCCCUCGUAGAACCUCGGGCUCCUGCUGCUUCUCUGUCGUGUGUGGAGUGGACCAUGAAGCGAAAGUGUUUGCUAUUUGCAUUGUUGCUAAUAGCUGGAAUAUCCAGUGUCCUGGCACAUGAUGGUCAUGAUCACGAUCACGAUCAUGAUGAUGAAGAUGUAAUAGAUAUAGAAGAUGACUUGGAUAAUGGUGCUGAAGAAGUAGAAGAAUUAAAGCAUGAAGCCAGUGCUCCUCCAUUACCUAAGGUUACCUAUACAGCUCCAGUACCAACAGGAGAAGUUUAUUUUGCUGAAAACUUUGAUAAAGGAACUUUAGAAGGGUGGUUUCUGUCUAAAGCCAAGAAAGAUGAUACGGAUGAUGAGAUUGCCAAAUAUGAUGGCAAAUGGGAAGUACAGGAAAUGAAGGAUACUAAACUUCCUGGGGAUAAAGGACUUGUAUUGAUUUCACGGGCCAAACAUCAUGCAAUUGCUGCUAAACUUAAUAAGCCGUUUAUCUUUGACACCAAGCCUCUCAUUGUACAGUAUGAAGUCAACUUCCAAAAUGGAAUUGAAUGUGGUGGUGCGUAUGUGAAACUGCUUACCAAAUCUAAUGAUUUAAACUUGGACCAAUUCCAUGAUAAGACUCCAUACACAAUCAUGUUUGGUCCAGACAAGUGUGGUGAAGAUUACAAGUUACACUUCAUUUUCCGUCACAAGAAUCCAAAGACUGGCCAAUAUGAGGAGAAACAUGCCAAACGUCCUGAGGCAGAUUUAAAGAAUUUUUUUACUGAUAAAAAGACACAUCUUUAUACGCUGGUCUUGAAUCCAGACAACAGCUUUGAAGUUUUGAUUGAUCAAACUGUUGUAAACACUGGGAAUCUACUAUCUGAUAUGACCCCUCCUGUGAAUCCUCCACGUGAGAUAGAAGACCCAAAUGAUCAGAAGCCAGAAGACUGGGAUGAGAGAGCUAAAAUUCCAGAUCCAGAUGCUGUUAAACCAGAUGAUUGGGAUGAGGAUGCUCCUGCUAAAAUUCCAGAUGAAGAUGCUGGGAAGCCAGAAGGUUGGUUGGAUGAUGAACCAGAAUAUGUAGCUGAUCCUGAUGCCGAAAAACCAGAGGAUUGGGAUGAAGAUAUGGAUGGAGAGUGGGAGGCACCCCAGAUUGCAAAUCCCAAGUGUGAAUCUGCUCCUGGCUGUGGUACCUGGCAACGGCCCACAAUUGACAAUCCAAAUUAUAAAGGCAAAUGGAAGCCUACUAUGAUUGACAACCCCAAUUAUCAGGGCAUCUGGAAGCCAAGGAAGAUUCCAAACCCUGACUUCUUUGAAGACUUACAGCCAUUCAAAAUGACCCCCUUUAAUGCUGUGGGACUUGAAUUGUGGUCUAUGACUUCAGAUAUAUUCUUUGACAAUUUCAUCAUCUGUACUGAGCGAGCAGUAGCAGAUGAUUGGGGUAAUGAUGGAUGGGGCCUGAAGAAGGCAGCUGAUGGUGCUGCUGAGCCUGGUGUCGUGACCCAAAUGAUGGCUGCUGCUGAAGAACGUCCCUGGCUUUGGAUAGUAUAUAUCUUGACAGUGGCUCUGCCUGUUUUUCUCAUUGUUCUUUUCUGCUGCUCUGGAAAGACAAAACAACCAAGUGCUGCAGAGUACAAAAAGACAGAUGCUCCUCAACCAGAUGUAAAUGAAGAAGAGAAGGUGGAGGAAAAAGAAAAAGAAGAGGAUGAGGAAGAGGAAGAAGAAGAAGAAUCAAAUGAAAAAAAGCCUGAAGAGAAGGACAGGAAUGAUGGAAAUACAGAAAAUGUGAGCCAAGAAGAGGAAGCAGAAGAGGAAGAAGAAGAGGUAGAGAUGGAAGAGGAAGAAGAAAGCAGAGACAUUACAGAGGCAGAAGAAACUGUGAAUAGGUCUCCCAGAAAUAGAAAACCAAGAAGAGAAUGAAAUAUCCUAAAAACUUAAUCUGAUUAAUUUUUCUGAUAUGGUUUGGGAGAGGACCAUGGAUACCAUUUUGCUGAAAAUCAAAAAUCUUCAAAAUAUACCAUCCAUGGGUUCCUGUCAAAUACUCUGCAGUGAAAAGUGUUUAGCAGUCAAAUAUUUGCAAUUGUGUUUCUCAAUAAUAUUCCUGAAGAAAAAAAUGCAUUUAACACAACCCGGCUAUGAAUUUCUGGAAAGUUACAAAAACUAACAUUUUUAUUUUGUUUUUAAAUAGAUGAUAGAAUUACCAGUCUCAAAACUUUUGGCUUAAAUUAAUGUAUUAAUCUAUCAAUGGAAGUGAAGAGCAAACCUUAAGAAAAAUGCCAGAUGUAAAGUUUUUAUAAGUCUUUUCUUUCUUACAAAGAUGAAAGUUCUUAUACAACUCUUAUUUCUCAUAGUAUGAUCAUGUUAAAUGUAGGAUAAAGUUAAAAUCCAUUUGAAGCGAUCUUCAAGUGCUCAAACUUCCAUAUUGAUGAAAAGCAUUUGGCCAUGAAAUACUCAGAUUGGUCACAGAUACAGCUCAGUUAAAACAGUGUUUGCACUAGUCUGAAUUUAGGAACAGAUUUUAGUGAGACUGGAUUGUCUUGUUCGUUUAGAUUUUGAACUUUUUCUCAAUUUGGAAUUUGAUUUCAGUUUUUGUGUUUCCCCCCUCCCUCAGUUUUUAAAAAACAUUUCCUUCUCUUCCAGCUGUUGUUUCUCCUGUACAGUUUUUUCAGAUGCAGCUUUGCUGCUAGAGAAUACACUUGUUAGCUCACUGUUAAAAUUGUGUUUCUUUUCUCAGAAGGUAGCACUACUUAUUUCUGGGUCCAAACAUUGAAACCGGAGAGUGUUGCUAACCUUCUUAUUGUUGCCAUCUUAUGUACAUUUAUGCACAGAAUAAAAGGCACAGGCAAGCUGAUCAUUCAAGUUUUAUUUGUGCUGAAAGCAAAUGUCAGUAUUUGUGGCUGAGGAAUAAGCAUGUGAAAACUUGGCAUAUGUAACAUUUUGAAUCUCAGUGCUCUUCAUGUAUCAAAAUGUUGUGAAUCUAGGGGGUUCCAGAUGAAUAAAUUUUUUUAAAAUA